AUGGGCGGGAUUCUGGCUCCGUGCGCUGCCCGCCACUCAGCGCCCGCCACAGCCGCCGCGCGAGGGCACUGGCCGGAAGCCCCGGGGCCAAGAAGGCACCUGGACGGCUCUGAGCCUCGGUUUACCCGCUCGCGAAUCGCCUACACGACGGGCAUUUUGGAACGUCUGGAUAGUGGGGAGGUUGUGGGUGGAGACGGCAGCAUUCUCAUAACUCUGGAGAAGAGGGGCUACAUGAAGGCCGGGCUCUGGACUUCAGAAGCCAUAGUAGAACAUUCAAAUGCAGUUCGUCAGCUUCACAUGGAAUUCUUGAGAGCGGGAUCAAAUGUCAUGCAGACUUUCACCUUUUCAGCCAGUGAGGACAAAAUGGAAAGUCAGGGAAAUGAUAAUGGGGCAGCUGUAAACACCGCUGCCUGUGACCUUGCCAGAGAAGUAGCCAACAAAGGUGAUGCUUUGGUAGCAGGGGGGAUCUGCCAGACAACGCUGUACAAACACCACCAGGAUGAAGCUAGAAUUAAAAAACUUUUUCGACUACAGCUAGAGGUUUUUGUCAGGAAAAACGUGGACUUCCUGAUUGCAGAGGCUAAAAACUGGCUAGAAGACUUUUCAUCCUUCCUUUAA